AUGAUGGCCACAAAAGUAGCCAUUCAAGUCAUGGUCUUUGCUCUAGUUUUUAUCAUGCUCGCAACGCAUCCAGGUUGGGGUGAGCAAGACUGUUAUGAUGAGAAAGAUGCAGUUAUACGCAAAUGCAUGGUAUGGCCAAUCUCCAAAGGGGCCGCGAGGACCCCCUCUAGAAAGGCGCACCAUGCAUCUAUUGAGACCUUCAGUGAUUACGUUGAUCCGAGCAACAUAUGUCGUGCAACUGUGCAAGAAUCUGACAUGGCUUGUGUUUGUCAUGUCAUCUCCAAAAGCGAACAGCGUAAAAUAAGUGUCGUUAAACUAGUUCGGCUUGCACGUCAACUUGCACGUCAAUGUGGCAAGCCGGUGCUAGUUGGAAGCAAAUGCGGAACUUGGACGGUUCCACCCCCACUAUCGCCACCCUCGCAGAGUGCGCAUCCAUGA